AUAUUUUCCCGACAACUGGAAAAAAUUUUCCUUCCGACAGAAAAAAUUUUUCCUUCCGACAGGAAGAACUCUUCCAGUUGUCCGUCCGUAAACCAUUCAAAUUUUCGAAAAUUGAGAACUUUUUGGUCGAACUUCAGAAAAAGUUUUUCCUUCCGACAGAAAAAGUUUUUCCUUCCGACAGAAAAAGUUCUUCCUUCCGACAGGAAAAGUUUUUCCUUCCGACAGGAAAAGUUUUUCCUUCCGACAGGACACAAACGGAUGACUGACGUUCCUCUUCCUGAACGCCUUCCAAAGCCAGAAGAACCGAAAGCUGCAGAACCACAACAGUCUCCUCAGCAACCUCAGUUCCAGCAAGUCCCUCCACCAAAUUACUACCAAUUUCCACCUCAAGGUUACUACCCACCACAAGGCUUCCCGAACUACCCUCCUCAGCCUAUGCCUUACUUCCCCAACCCUUGGAUGUUCCAGCAAGCUCCACCCCAGCA